UAUUAGAAACUGUUUGGAUGUCAGAUACAUGGACCCACAUGCAUGACACAUGCAGAGAGAAAAGUCAGUUUAGACAAUAAUCAAGAUAGCAAAAACCAAGCGGGCUGAAACAGACAACUGUGCAAAGUGGAACCUUGAAUAUCACAAGCGUAAGGUGAAAAUUGGCAGUGGAGUAGUGGUAGUGCAUUUACAUGUGAGGGGGGGUUAGGAGAAUAGAAACAGAUUAGCAGGGGGGUGAAAAGGCAAAAGCACGGAUCAUGACGAGAAUGAUUAAGAUAAACUGUGAAAAUGUGAUACUGUUGAAAGGAAGUCUGUCUUUAGCUCUUCACAUUUGCUUAAAUGCUAUUACACAUUUGAUGGAGAAAGAUCAGCUGAAGCCAUAAAUUUGAUUGAAAAGCAGCCGUGAACGAUGGAUGCAGAGGGUUUUUUCAUCAUCUUCUAGCCUUUUUUUUUUUAAAGACGUUAUCUGCCCACUGCUCGGUUACAGUAUAUGCACACACACAAACACACACGUUUGUACAAACUAACUUGGCUUUGAGGUGUGUUCACUUCCCGAUUUUGGGAUCCAAACUAGGGCUGUCCAACCACUGAAGACGGGGGACAACAUCUGUCCGCCAUCUUUGUCAGUGCUGCCAAGUAUUAUGGUGAGACCCCUUUCGACUCUUCAUCCCUCGCCCCAUUUUUGCUAUUUUUUCCCUUCUCCACCCCAACUUACUUUCUUCUUCUUAAUCCAUCUACUCAUCUGGCGAGCAAGCAGAGCAGGUCAUCUGAGAUGCUGCUGCUUCUGUCCAGUUUUGUUUUUUUUCUCCUCUGUACCCUUUCAUUCACUUUCUUUUCUGUGAGAGGAUAUCCAGAAUUUCCUUUUCACCACACAAACUUCUUUUUAGUUCGUACAAAUGCAUCCUCUUUUUCUUUCCAUCUUGUCUAAUGUUUUUUUUGUGUAAUGUUUUGUCUGUGUUGUCCUAUUUUUUGUAUUGGAAACAGUGUCUUUUAUAUUGGUUUUUGUGGAUAAAUUCAACUCAGAUUCUAAUGUCUUUUUCUAUUCUGUCUCUCAACAGGAAACACAAACAAAAGUAGUUCAAAAUGGCUCUCAAUGUGCCUGGUUUGGUGGUGAUGGCAGUGUUCUACUUGUUGGUUCUGGGCACUGGCAUCUGGGCAUCCAUGCGUUCCAAGAAGGUAGAGAAAAAGUGCUCAGGAGACGGCAUGGAGAUAACGCUGCUGGCUGGACGCAACAUCAACCUUCUUGUUGGAAUCUUUACUCUCACUGCUACAUGGGUGGGUGGAGGUUUCAUCCUGGGUAUAGCUGAGGCAACAUACAACCCAACACUAGGUGCAGUUUGGGCGCUCAUGCCUGUACCUUACGUGUUAACCUUCUUCUUAGGUGGCUUUUUCUUUGCCAAGCCUAUGAGAGAGAACCAGUACAUGACAAUGAUGGACCCGUUCCAGCGGAAGUAUGGGAACGUCCUGAGCAGCGCAUUGAUCUUUCCUGCACUUGUGGCCGACGUGUUGUGGGUGGCACGCACACUUGUCAGUCUUGGUGGGACUAUGAGUGUGAUCCUGGACCUCCCCUAUGCCUACUCCAUUAUCAUUUCCUCAGUGGUAGCUAUAGUCUACACACUGCUGGGAGGACUGUACUCUGUGGCCUACACAGAUGUCAUCCAGCUCAUCCUCAUCUUUGUCAGCCUGUGGGUGUGUGUUCCUUUCCUUUUGACCAACCCUCACUCUGUGGACAUCUCACUAACGGCUUACAACGAGACCUUCCAGGCUCCUUGGGUGGGCACGAUUGAGCACAAUGAGGCCGGCAAGUGGUUUGAUGACUUCAUGCUUCUGGCUCUGGGUGGCCUGGCCUACCAGGCCUUCUACCAGAGAAUCCUGUCCGCAUCAUCUUACACCCAGGCUCAAGUGACCUGCUUUGCUUCUUCAGCCUUCUGCCUGGUGCUGGGUAUCCCGUCUGUGCUGGUUGGGGCCGUGGCUGCAUCAACAGACUGGAACUCUACCUCAUAUGGUUUGCCCACUCCAUAUGAACGUGGACAGGUAGGGUCCAUCCUGCCCGUUGCUCUACAGUACCUCACACCCGUCUACAUCUCAGUUGUUGGCAUUGGAGCUGUAGCUGCUGCUGUCAUGUCCUCAAUGGACUCGGCCCUGCUGUCCUCUGCUUCAUUGUUCUCCUCAAAUAUCUACAAAAACAUCAUUAGGAAGCAGGCUUCAGACUAUGAGAUGCAGUGGGUGAUCCGAAUCUCAGUGGUGGUGGUGGGUCUGGUUGGCACUGGCCUUACUUUCCUGGACAACAGCGUCCUUGUCUUCUGGCUCGUGGGUGUGGACAUGUCCUACACCAUCAUGUUUCCUCAGUUAGUCUGCAUUCUCUUCUUCAAGGUGUCUAAUGGUUAUGGAGCAUCUGUUGGCUACAUCAUUGGCUUGGUUAUGAGGGUGCUGAGUGGCGAGCCCCUCAUUGGCCUUCCACCUGCAAUCAGGUUCCCCGGCUGCCGGCUGGACAAGGAGGGGAAGUUAACCCAGUUCUUCCCCAUCCGCACAACUAUCAUGGUCAUGUCUCUCAUGUCUAUUCUGCUUUUCUCAUGGUUAGCAUCCCUUCUUUUCAACAAAGGCUUGCUGUCGGAGAAAUGGGAUGUGUUUGAUAUCAAUCGCAAGCAGAAAGCAGCAGCCAGGGCCCCCAUUGUCAAGAAGGCCAACACCAGAGAAGAUCCAUCUGUAGAGAAGCAGCUAAUGGACACGACCAGUUGCUGAGGAAGCUUCCAAAGAGAAAGAAAGACCAGAUGGGCACUGCUGGAGGCGAACAUGUCCAUUUCCCUCAGAGGCAAAGCAUCAUAGAGGGGGAACAGCGGCAAAGGCUUAACAUUAUGCACAGUGAAUUUAUGAUUACAUGCCCUUCCACACAUGAAAGCAGUCCCCUCAAAAGAAUCAAGUUCAAACCAAAAAAAAAAAAAAAAAAACAUUUUAAGUGAAUGUCCUGAAGAAAAUUGAGGGAAAAAAGAAGAUAUAUAGCUUUUUAGCACAUUUCUUAAGGUAAAACAACUUUUUCAUUAUUUAGAUACCUAAUAAAAAGCUGCCUUUUGUACAUUUGUAUAUUUUUGCAACUUUGACCAAUUGAGACCUUCAGUGCUGACAGCCCACGAGGCUGCAGCAAAACAUUAAAAGACAGUUGCACAAGAAACUAAGUUCAUCGCAAAGGGAUGAUCAGUCCACCAAAAUGGUAAUAAUAUAAUUAACAGACAAAAUAUGCUUUUAUUUAUUGGAUUUUGCUUUUAAUGAGACACAUCAUUGUGUCACAUGCCCUCUCAGAAACCUCUAUAAUCUUUACCUGAAUGAUCACUAAUUCAGCUGUUGGCGUGGCCGUUAGGAAACAAGGAAACAUGAUCUGUAAUGAGGUGUGUGAUGCAAGCGCAUCUGGCUUCUCUCUCGUUGUGGCCCUAUGCAAAUAAUUUGCAGCAGUACAGAGCUCUCUUUGACACCAGAACAAAGAAAUGUAACCUGUAGAGCAAAGAGAGUGCACAGCUUGCGCUGUUAAAUGGUGCAUUAGUAAGAGGUCCAUUUUUACUUUUUCUUUAAAUGUAAUCUGAUUUCUUCUCCCCCCAUGUUGAUCAAUGAGCUCUGUUUUCAACAACUGUAACUAUCCUAGAGUUAUUAGUUAAUGACCAAUUAUUAACUUUUUAUAUUUAAAGAAUCAAAGCUCAUUAACCAAUGUGCAAAAUGCUAUUUUCUGGUCACCAAAGUGUGUAGCUGUAAAAUAUCACAAAUGUCUGUUUUUAGUCCAGUCAGGAGGGUUUUUUAAUUUUUUCUUAUUUAUUAAUUUUUUUAAAGUUUAUAAAAGUCUGUAAAUAACUGUACGUAUAGACCGUAGUUGGAGAUUAUUGCAUAUUUAAUAUGUGAAGUUUGAGAGUUGCAUGCAAAUCUUUACAACUCAACUUGUAUCUCCAGCUCCUGGAUAAUGUUUAGAAGACACCGAAAAGUUUGGACUGAUUUUCUUUUUGUUUUUAAAACCAAAUUUUGACUAAUUUGAAACCACAGUGGUAUAGAUGCCUGAGGAGUCCCACCCUGACUGUUCAACGCUCUGCCACAGAACAACACUGGAGUCUGCCCUUUCUCCUCCUCACCCAUUCCUCCUUUUCCUCUUUGUUCCUCUCCGCCUGUCCAUUUAAGAAAUGUGCUUUUAGUUGUCACUCAUUUUUGUACUGUUUUGUUUUAUUUGCAAUGCAGAACUACAGUGGGAUCACUUUUCCUGCAGCUAAGAACUUGAGAACUUAUACUUCACCAUAUGAUAAAUUCUCCUUUGUUGAUUAUUAGAUUAAAAAAAAAAAACCUUGUGUAUUUUUUUAUGUAUAUAAUAUUUUAUUGAGCCUGCAUAUUAGUUUGCUGUGCAAAGAUAUUUCAGCUAAUGUGAGAAGAUCAGAAAACACUCCACAAACACAUUACUGCCUUUAAUAUCUCUAUCACUGAGGCCAUUCUCACCCCACUCUCAGUGGUUCAUUGCUGGACUUAGUUACAUGCAGGUAAACUCUAGUUACUGUAAAAGUAGCUCAUGCAGUGGUAUUGUGGAUUUUAAGUACCGAGAAAAAGACUUUAAGAUAUGAUUCUUGCUUCUGUCCAAAGCAUACUGAGUGAAUCUCAGUAUAUCUCAGUGGGCGUGCAGAACACGAUGCACGCAUCUUUUUAAGUGUCAUUUCCACCUGUAUUAUUCUUUUUUACUGUAUAUUUACCCUUUUUUUUAUCUAAGUUUAGUAAAAUGUGCAGAGUAUCUGUUUUUAUCUCAAGUUAGCCAUUUUUAAAGCAAAAUACAUUUGCCUUCAGUUUUGCAGAACAUGAAUAAAGAGAUGAAUUUCCCCCCGUGGUGGCAGAAGCUCUGUUACUGUAACAUGUCUGCAGAAGCAGUGCUGACCCCACAAUCACCAAAUAUUGCCUCCAAAUAAAAUUUGACAAAAGAAAACAACAUAAAUAAUGCUGUGCACAUGCAAUAGGCAAUGUUUUUCUUAUGUUGUGUAUUUUCCUCUAAUAUGUUUUGGUUUAUUAUUAUUUUGCAUGUUGGUUGUCAUUGUUGUCUGUAUACUGAACCUUUCUGAAGGGAUGUUUUCUCUUGCCGCUUGGCAAGGUCCUACUUUGUAAUGAAUAAAUAAAACUACCCAUUGA